AUGAGAACAGGUUUGGAGCUAUGUAUGAAAUUAUGGUUGGAGUUGAUAAUAGAAAGAAAUAAGGGAAAGGGUGGUUGUAGAGGAGGGGAGCAAAAUGCUAGGUUGCAAGGGGGAGGAGGGAGGGCAAAAGAUGGUUGUGGGGGUGGUUGGGUCAUGGCUAUAGGGCGGGGAGUGGGUUGGGCUGGGAGGGGGGAAGAGGGAUGGGAGAAGGUGGUUGGGGAGAGACUGCUAGGUGGUUAG